AUGGGUGGCAAGAAAGCAGUCGGAGAGAACUCCAAGAAGGCCGCUGGCAACGCUCGCAAAGCCGACGCCGCAAACCAGAAGAAGGCCGCCGAGGACCAAAAGAGGGCUGCUGAGGAGGAGAAGCAAUGGUCCAAGGGAUCCAAGAGCAAUGCGAAGAAGGAGGACGCCGAAGCCAAGAAAGCCGAAGCUGCCCGCAAGAAGGCCGAGCGCGAUGCCCAGAUUGCCGAAGAAGAAGCCGCUGCCCCCUCCAAGCCUAAGGGUGCUGGAGCUAAGACCGCACAGAAGAAGAAUCGUGGUCUCGAUCUGUCACAGUUGGACGAGCCCUCCAAGAAGGGAUCCGCCCUCAGCGCCUCCGGUAUCGAUAAUGCCCUGGAUGCUCUGUCUCUGACGAGCAAGGAUACUUCCAAGGUCGAGCGACACCCCGAGCGACGAUUCAAGGCCGCCUAUGCUGCCUUCGAGGCCCGCCGAAUGCCCGAGAUUGAGGCGGAGAACCCUGGUUUGCGACGGCAGCAGCGCAUGGAUCUCUGCCGGAAGGAAUUCGAGAAGAGCGAGGAGAACCCCUUCAACCAGGUCCAUGUUGCUGUCAAUGCUUCCAAGGAGGAGAUCGCCGCGGUCAGGGACCAGGAGCGCAGCAAGACCGAGCGCAGAUUGGGUAAUUAA